UUUUAUUUAUUUCAUAAAUCUUAAGGAAUAUGAGUACAGGGUUGGCAAAACCAAAGAAGCUGAAAUUGACAGAUUAUGAAGUGUUUCAAACACUUGGAACAGGAUCAUUCGGAAGAGUUAAAUUGGCUAGAAACAAAUAAACAAAUAAAUAUGUUGCUUUGAAAAGUUUAAAGAAAGCUGAAAUUAUUAGAUUAAAAUAAGUUGAUCAUGUUAUUAACGAGAAUACUAUAUUGGGCAACUUAUCUCAUCCUUUCGUCGUCAAUUUUGAAGGAUUUUGUCAAGAUCCAAGAUAUUUAUAUUUAGUCUUAGAAUUUGUGUCAGGUGGCGAGUUAUUUACAUAUUUGAGAAGUAUUGGAAGACUUGAUACUUCACAUGCUGCUUUUUAUGCUUCAUAAGUUGCCUCAAUUUUUGAAUACCUUCAUUCCAAAAAUAUUAUCUAUAGAGAUUUGAAACCAGAAAAUUUAUUGAUUGCUGAUGAUGGAUAUUUAAAAUUAACAGAUUUCGGAUUUGCUAAAGUAGUUGAAGGAAGAACUUAUACAUUAUGCGGAACUCCAGAAUAUUUGGCUCCAGAAAUCUUAUUAAAUAAGGGACAUGGUAAAGCUGUUGAUUGGUGGACUUUGGGAAUUUUAAUCUAUGAAAUGAAUGCAGGAAUCGAUCCUUUCUCUGAUGAGGAUCCUAUGGCUAUUUAUUAAAAAAUUCUUAAGGGCAAGGUUAAAUUUCCAAAAACAUUUGACAAAAAUGCUAAAUCCUUGGUCAAACAUUUAUUAGUUGCAGAUUUAUCGAAAAGAUAUGGAAACUUAAAAAAUGGAGCUGCUGAUAUUAAGAAUCAUAGAUGGUUUGGAAAUCUAGAUUGGAAUUUGCUUACCCAAAAGAAAUUACCAGUUCCCUAUAAACCUGUUGUUAAAGCUGCAAAUGAUACGUCAAAUUUCUCAUCCUAUCCAGAAUCUGAUACCUAGAGUCCUGCUCUUAAGCCAGCUGAUGAUCCUUUCCUUGAGUGGUGAAAUAUACAUUAACAUGAAUAAAUACGUAAAGAAAAUUAAUCAAUAAU